CCCGCUCCUCUUUCUCUUCGCUAUGAAAAACGCUAGUGUGUGUUUGGUCUUCGGUCUGUUGCGUGUAGAAUAACUCAGCCUACUCAUUGAUAGCCCUGACCUUCGUGAAUUUGCGCGAGACAUUACAAGGCAAGCAAUUGUGAAAUACAGCAUUGCAAUAGCCUACAUAUUUUGAUUACCGAUGCACAGUUCUGCCUGCUAGCGGACAUGCCUGGCUGUGCCCCUCCCAUCUCCCCCCGCUAUUUAUUUGCGGUGAAAGAUGCGAGUUUGUGUUCUCCGGGAAAUAGUUUCCUCCAUUGCAAAAAUACUGAAUUUUAGGAGUCGAAGCUUGACACCAAGGAAAGGGAGUCGACAGGCAAAGGAGUUGAGGAAUCGAUUAUUUUGGAGUCGAUUAUCCACCACUACCCAGUUCUCUCCGUGGUUCUAUCUAGUCCCUAUGCAUUUCAUUUCAAUAACCUGUAUCAUCAUAUUUUGUUUUACUGUAAAGCGGACUGGUACAUAUGCCAAUCUACAAAACAGCACCUUUGGCUGUGGUUAUUAAACGAGUCAAUAUUGCUAGUGUUGAUAACGGUCAAUGUUUUUUUUGACAUUGCACAUUUUAUUCAGAUAGAAAAAUGCAUGUAAACAGAGCUCAAUUGCUAUUAUUAUUAUUGUCAAUGACUACUAUCAACAAUGAUGCCUCAUGAUCUUAUUUUACUACAUGUAAUAAUGCUGUUCUAUAAUAAUUUGUACACCCAUCCCCCACGUCGACAUACUUCGAAAGGACCUACUCGCGAAGGGUGAUUUCAAUAGUGGAUCUUGGUGCUGUCACAUUCUCAGACUCACUUGAGAAAUGUCCACCCCGGACCCCCCCAUGGGAGGGACACCUCGGCCGGGCCCGUCUCCAGGAGCCAUGAGGGGCCCCAGCCUUUCCCCAGGCUCUGCUCAUAGCAUGAUGGGACCCAGCCCAGGUCCCCCAGCCUCUGGACACUCUCACCCACAACAGGGGCCCUCAGUAUAUCCUCAGGAGAAUAUGCAUCAGAUGCACAAACCUAUGGAAGGCAUGCAUGAGAAGGGCAUGUCUGAUGACCCUCGCUAUGGACCAAUGAAGAGCAUGGGCAUGAGACUAGGUGGAGGCCACAUUGGAAUGGGACCCCCUCCUAGCCCCAUGGAUCAACAUUCACAAGGCUACCCCUCUCCACUGGGGAGUUCUGAGCACUCUCCCAACCCUGUGCCAGCCAACAGCCCUCCCCCCGGCCCCAUGAUGCCCUCUGGCCCAGGUGUCCCCAUGGAGGGCGGUGACCCCCAGGCCAUGGGCCAGCAGAGCCUCGGUGGUGUCCUGAGUGGUGGUUCUGUGCCAGGCGGGGUUGGGCCUGGUGGACCCACCCCCUUCAACCAAAACCAGCUGCACCAGCUCAGGGCCCAGAUCAUGGCCUACAAGAUGCUGGCUCACAGCCAGCCCCUACCAGACCACCUGCAGAUGGCUGUGCAGGGUAAGAGGCCCAUGCCAGGGAUGCAGCAGCAGCCAGGGAUGCCCAACAUGCCCCCUUCCUCUGGGCCUGGAGCGGGGCCUGGACAGCCACCAGCAAACUACAACAGACCACUUGGAAUGGUAGGCCCAAACAUGCCUCCUCCAGGACCCUCAGGUGUUCCUCCUGGUAUGCAGGGCCAGCCCACCAAUGGACCCCCUAAACAAUGGCCCGAAGGGCCCAUGGUGAAUGCUGCUGCUCCAUCCAGUGCCCCCCAGAAGCUGAUUCCCCCUCAGCCCACUGGCAGACCCUCCCCUGCUCCCCCCUCCCCCCAGCCCCCACCCAUGGUGCUGCACCAAAAACAGAACCGCAUCACGCCCAUCCAGAAGCCCCGUGGCCUGGACCCAGUAGAGAUCCUCCAGGAGAGAGAGUACAGGCUGCAGGCUCGAGUGCUGAGGCACGUAGCGAGUAAAAAUCAUCUGUCCUCCGUUCCAACACUCACUACCGAGUUUCAAACUGCCUCUGGAAGCAACGUCAGCACAAGAACUGUUCGUCGGGAGCUUCAUGAAAUGGGUUUCCAUGGCCGAGCAGCCGCACACAAGCCUAAGAUCACCAUGCGCAAUGCCAAGCGUCGGCUGGAGUGGUGUAAAGCUCGCCGCCAUUGGACUCUGGAGCAGUGGAAACGCGUUCUCUGGAGUGAUGAAUCACGCUUCACCAUCUGGCAGUCCGACGGACGAAUCUGGCUUUGGCGGAUGCCAGGAGAAAGCUACCUGACUGAAUGCAUAGUUCCAACUGUAAAGUUUGGCGGAGGAGGAAUAAUGGUCUGGGGAUGUUUUUCAUGGUUCGGGUUAGGCCCCUUAGUUCCAGUGAAGGGAAAUCUUAACGCUACAGCAUACAAUGACAUUCUAGACGAUUCUGUGCUUCCAACUUUGUGGCAACAGUUUGGGGAAGGCCCUUUCCUGUUUCAGCAUGACAAUGGCCCCAUGCACAAAGCGAGGUCCAUACAGAAAUGGUUUACCGAGAUCGGUGUGGAAGAACUUGACUGGCCUGCACAGAGCCCUGACCUCAAUCCCAUCGAACACCUUUGGGAUGAAUUGGAACGCAGACUGCGAGCCAGGCCUAAUCGCCCAACAUCAGUGCCUGACCUCACUAAUGUUCUUAUGGCUGAAUGGAAGCAAGUCCCCGCAGCAAUGUUCCAACAUCUAGUGGAAAGCCUUCCUAGAAGAGUUGAGGCUGUUAUAGCAGCAAAGGGGGGACCAACUCCAUAUUAAUAACCAUGAUUUUUGGAAUGAUAUGUUCAAAGGGCAGAUACUUUUGUCCACAUACUUUUGGUCAUGUAGUCUACACAAUUGGCAGGGGGGUUAGAUCAGCUCAAAUGUUGCAGAUAGAUUGUGGCUUCUAUCAGUGUAAAUAUCUGCAUAAUUUCCAAUCCCACAUAUAUUUUUGGGUUGUGUGUGUGUGUGUGUGUGUGUGUGUGUGUAUAUAUAUAUAUAUACACAUACACAUACACACACAGUACCAGUCAAAAGUUUAGACACCUACUUGUUCGAGUAAAAAAAAAAAAGGUACUAUUUUCUACAUUGUAGAAUAAUAGUAUAGACUUAAACUAUGAAAUAACACAUGGAAUCAUGUAGUAACCAAAAAAGUGUUCAAUCAAAAUAUAUUUGAGAUUCUUCAAAGUAGAUGACAGCUUUUCACACUCUUUGCAUUCUCUCAACCAGCUUCAUGAGGUAGUCACCUGAAAUGCAUUUCAAUUAACAAGUGUGCCUUGAUAAAGUUAAUGCGCUUGAGCCAAUCAGUUGUGUUGUGACAAGGUCGGGGUGGUAUACAGAAGAUAGCCCUAUUUGGUAAAAUACCAAGUCCAUAUUAUGGUAAGAACAGCUCAAAUAAUCAAAGAGAAAUGAUAGACCAUAUUUACUUUUCAUAUUUACAUUCAUUACAGUUACCAGCCUCAAAAAUCGGCAAUUAACUGCACCUCAGAUUUUAAAAUAAUAAUAAUUCACCUUUAUUUAACCAGGUAGGCUAGUUGAGAACAUGUUCUCAUUUGCAACUGCGACCUGGCCAAGAUAAAGCAUAGCAGUGUGAACAGACAACAGAGUUACACAUGGAGUAAACAAUAAACAAGUCAAUAACAUAGUAGAAAAAAAAGAAUCUAUAUACAUUGUGUGCAAAAGGCAUGAGGUAGGCAAUAAAUAGGCCAUAGGAGUGAAUAAUUACAAUUUAGCAGAUUAACACUGGAGUGAUAAAUGAUCAGAUGAACAUGUGCAGGUAGAGAUACUGGUGUGCAAAAGAGCAGAAAAGUAAAUCAAAUAAACAGUAUGGGGAUGAGGUAGGUAAAUUGGGUGGGCUAUUUACCGAUGGACUAUGUACAGCUGCAGCGAUCGGUUAGCUGCUCAGAUAGCAGAUGUUUAAAGUUGGUGAGGGAGAUAAGUCUCCAACUUUAGCGAUUUUUGCAAUUCGUUCCAGUCACAGGCAGCAGAGAACUGGAAGGAAAGGCGGCCAAAUUAGGUUUUAGCUUUAGGGAUGAUCAGUGAGAUACACCUGCUGGAGCGCAUGCUACGGGUGGGUGUUACCAUCGUGACCAGUGAACUGAGAUAAGGCGGAGCUUUACCUAGCAUAGACUUGUAGAUGACCUGGAGCCAGUGGGUCUGGCGACGAACAUGUAGCGAGGGCCAGCUGACUAGAGCAUACAGGUCGCAGUGGUGGGUGGUAUAAGUGCUUUUAGUAACAAAACGGAUGGCACUGUGAUAAACUGCAUCUAGUUUGCUGAGUAGAGUAUUGGAAGCUAUUUUGUAGAUGACAUCGCCGAAGUUAAGGAUCGGUAGGAUAGUCAGUUUUACUAGGGUAAGUUUUGCGGCGUGAGUGAAGGAGGCUUUGUUGCGGAAUAGAAAGCCGACUAGAUUUGAUUUUGGAUUGGAGAUGUUUGAUAUGAGUCUGAAAGGAGAGUUUGCAGUCUAGCCAGACACCUAGGUACUUGUAGAUGUCCACAUAUUCUAGGUCGGAACCAUCCAGGGUGGUGAUGCUAGUCGGGCGUGCGGGUGCAGGCAGCGAACGGUUGAAAAGCAGGCAUUUGGUUUUACUAGCGUUUAUGAGCAGUUGGAGGCCACGGAAGGAGUGUUGUAUGGCAUUGAAGCUCGUUUGGAGGUUAGAUAGCACAGUGUCCAUAUAAAUGAUUGCAGCCCAUAUAAAUGCUUCACAGAGUUCAAGUAACAGACAUCCCAACACUGCUGCACAGAAACCACUACUAAAAGACACCAAUAAGAAGAAGCGACUUGCUUGGGCCCAGAAACACAAGCAAUGGAUAUUAGACUUUGGAAAUCUGUCCUUUGGUCUGAUGAGUCCAAAUUUGAGAUUUGUGGUUCCAACCGCCGUGUCUUCGGGAGAUGCAGAGUAGGUGAACGGAUGAUAUCUGCAUGUGUGGUUCCCACUGUGAAGCAUGGAGGCGGUGAUGUUGUGGGUGUGCUUUGCUGGUGACACUGAUUUAUUUAGAAUUCAAGGCACACUUAACCAGCAUGGCUACGACAGCAUUCUUCAGCGAUACGCCAUUCCAUCUGGUUUGCGCUUAGUGGGACUAUCAUUUGUUUUUCAACAGGAUAAUGAACCAACACACCUUCAGGCUGUGUAAGGUCUAUUUGACCAAGAAGGAGAGCGAUGGAGUGCUGCAUCAGAUGACCUGGGCUCCACAAUCACCCGACCUCAAACCUAUUGAGAUGGUUUGGGAUGAGUUGGACUGCAGAGUGAAGAUAAGCAGCCAACAAGUGUUCAGCAUAUGUGGGAACUUCUUAGACUGUUGGAAAGGCAUUCCAGGUGACUACCUCAUGAAGCUGGUUGAGAGAAUGCCAAGAGUGUGUAAAGCUGUCAUCAAGGCAAAGGGUGGCUACUUUGAAAAAUAUUACAUAUUUUGAUUUGUUUAACACUUUUGGUUACUGCAUGAUUUCAUAGUUUUGAUGUCUUCACUAUUAUUCUACAAUGAAUAGUACAAAUAAAGAAAAACCCUUGAAUGAGUAGGUGUGUAAACUUUUGACAGGUUUUAUGUAUAUAAACAUUUGUUAUAUAUUGUCCGUUUAUUAUUUUCCCAUAACCCUACCACCCCUCCCCUAAUUGGAUUAAACUAAUGGACAACACUUAGUCUUCUACUUACAGUUUAUACAUACUAUAUCCUCUACAUUUUACAGACACAGUACAUUUUACGUUAUCUUGUUUUUUUAUUUUUAGUCCCAACCUUCAGCUCCUCUCAACCCCUCCCAUCCAUCUCUGAACACCAUCCUUUUUUAAUGUCUAUUUGCCAUAUAUUUUUCAACUGGACUGUGAUGUUUCACAAAAGUUCAGAACCUUUCUAUUCUCAUAGUUUCAACAGAUUGUAAAUUAAAUAUAAACAUUUUUGCUUAAGAGUA